AUGGCGCCUUACUGUUCAAUUUCAACCUAUCUCCUACUCCUUCUUACAACCUCCACCGCCUCUCCUCUCUCCUUCAACCUCUCCCCCAUCACGCGUGAUCAGGACAGCGUGCUCAGGUUUCAAGGCAGCGCCUACAUAUCCCCAGAAGGACUCCAGGUCACCACCAACGAGAAGAGCAGCAACGGCACCCAACUCAUCGGCCGCGCCACCUACGCCGAACCCCUGCACCUCUGGGACAAGGCCACCGGCAACUUGACCGACUUCAACACCCAUUUCUCCUUCGUCAUCCAGGCCACCGGAUGCGCUGCCGACGGGCUCGCCUUCUUCCUCUCUCCGCUCAAUUCCACGAUUCCGGCGAAAUCCUCCGGCGCCGGCCUCGGCCUCGCCCCAUGGUCAGCCGCACAUGCUCCUCUAAUAUCCCAAGUCCCAUUCUUGGCGGUCGAAUUCGACACAUUCUCUACUUCUGAGUUCAACGACCCGCAAGGCCAGCACGUGGGGAUCGACGUGAGGUCUCUGAACUCCACCGUGUAUGCGCCGUGGAGAAACAAUCUGACGGAGGGGAAGACAACUGAUGCUUGGAUUAGUUAUAAUUCUUCAAACAUGAAAUUUCGAGUCACUUUUAAUGAGUUUAAUGUACAGCCGCCUCAGUUGUCACGUAUUGAAUACACUGUAGAUCUCCGGACUAUUCUACCGGAGUUUGUCGAAAUCGGGUUCUCUGCAGCGACUGGAGACUGCUUCCAGACAAACAAUGUCAGAUCAUGGAGUUUCAGUUCCACUCUGGAUCUGAAAAUCGAAGAUACGCAACGUAAUUCCACCGGCCCUAACCCUAAGUAUAGGCGUCCACCACCUAAUAAAACCGGCCCUGUCCCCGAACCGGUGGGAAAACCGGUCAGGUUGAUUGCGGCUUUAUCUAUGGCGGCAGCAGUUGGGCUGGUUUUGGUGGGAUACAGGCUAUGGAGAAGGAAAAGAGGAGGGAGAAAUGGGGAUGUGGAGGAUGAGGACGAGGAGGAGGACGGGGAUGUGGAGGAUGAGGACGAGGAGGAGGACGGGGAUGUUUCGGCUAUGGAGAUGGAUUUUCAGAAGGGGAGUGGGCCUAGAAGAUUCUCCUACGGAGAGCUUGCGGCCGCCACGGGUAAUUUUGCAGAGGAAAGCAAGCUGGGUGAGGGUGGCUUUGGCGGCGUCUACCGAGGCUACUUGAAGAAUCUGGACUCGUACAUCGCGGUGAAGCGGGUUUCCAAGAACUCGAAGCAAGGAGCAAAGGAGUACGCAUCGGAAGUGAAGAUCAUCAGCCGGCUACGCCACAGGAACCUAGUACAACUUAUAGGCUGGUGUCACGAGAAGCGUGAGCUCCUUCUGGUGUAUGAACUCCAACCAAACGGCAGCUUAGACUCUCACCUCUUCAACCGGAAAAAUCGUCCACUGAACUGGGAGACACGGUUCAAGGUUACGCGGGGGCUCGCGGCGGCACUGCUAUAUUUGCACGAGGAGUGUGAUCAAUGUGUGGUCCACCGAGACAUCAAGUCAAGUAACGUCAUGCUUGACUCGGCCUUUAAUGCUAAGCUAGGCGACUUCGGACUAGCCAGGGUCAUCGACCACGACAAGGGGUCGCAGACAACGAUCAUAGCCGGCACGAUGGGCUACAUGGCGCCCGAGUGCAUGAUGACGGGAAGGGCGAGCAAGGAGUCAGAUGUGUACAGUUUCGGGAUAGUGGCGCUGGAGAUUUCGACAGGGAGGCGACCCAUAUCGGGGCAGGUGAGGACGGUGGAGUGGGUGUGGGAGUUGUACGGGAUGGGGCGGCCGUUGGAGGCGGCGGAUGUGAGUUUGGAGGAGUGUGGAGGUUAUGAUGAGAGGGAGAUGGAGAGGUUGAUGGUGGUGGGGUUGUGGUGCGCGCAUCCGGAUGACGGGCUUCGCCCGUCGAUGAAGGAGGUGGUCCGACUUCUAGAGUUCGAAGGGGAGUCACCACCUCAAUUGCCGCCCAAAAUGCCGGUACCUACCUAUGGUGCUCCGCCGCCGCCAUCUAGUGUUGCGUCUUUGAUUUAUGCAUCUAAUGCAACUUAUUCGUCUUCGGGUUAUAGUCAUGGCUUUAAUGCCACUUCUUCUUUUGGUGCUUCUGUUGAUGCUUCUGCGGCACUAUUGCAUUCGAGAUGA